UCCUUCGUUUGAAAUUUUUAUUGUCGUUUCUUUUGUGGAAUAUAUACGUGGGUUCACUGUAUAGCGCAUUUGGCGCACGCCCCCUCCCAGGCUCCCAGUACUGAACGAACCGAACCUAUUAUUCUAUGUUCUAUCGUUUCAAGAGGAAGAAGAGUUACGUUGUUCUAAGGUAUACCAAAUAGAGAGAGAUUGAUCAGAGAACCAACUAACCCAGCAAGGAAAAAUGCAGUCGAGUCACCUACUUCUCGAAGAACCCAUUCGGAUGGUCUCCAUCCUCGACCCAUCCAAACCCAGCUUCUUCCCUGCAAUGACGAAGAUCGUCGGAACCUUGGGCCCUAAAUCUCGCUCCGUCGACGUUAUUUCUGAAUGCCUCAAAGCCGGAAUGUCCGUGGCUCGUUUCGAUUUCUCAUGGGGAGACCCUGAGUACCAUCAACACACACUCGAGAAUCUAAAGGCUGCCAUCAAGGCCACCAAGAAGCUCUGCUCUGUGAUGCUGGACACAGUGGGGGCGGAGUUGCAGGUUGUUAACAAGAGUGAGAAGCCAAUCUCCCUUGAGGUGGACAGCCAGGUAGUUCUAACUCCUCACAAGGGACAAGAGGCCUCUUCGCAGAUACUUCCCAUCAAUUUUGACGGAUUAGCCAAGUCAGUGAAGAAAGGAGACACCAUUUUUGUUGGUCAAUACUUGUUCACAGGAAGUGAAUCGACUUCUGUAUGGCUUCAGGUGGCUGAAGUCAAAGAGCAGGAUGUCAUUUGUACAAUAAAAAAUUCAGCAACAUUGGCAGGGUCAUUGUUCACUUUGCAUGCUUCUCAAGUUCAUAUUGAUUUGCCUACCCUCUCGGAGAAAGACAAGGAGGUUAUAAGGACUUGGGGAGUCAAAAACAAGAUUGAUUUUCUUUCAUUGUCAUAUACUAGGCAUGCUGAAGAUGUUCGCCAAGCUCGUGAAUUCCUUUCCAAGUUAGGCGAUCUCAGCCAAACUCAAAUUUUUGCAAAGAUUGAAAAUGCUGAGGGGCUGACUCAUUUUGAUGAGAUUCUACAAGAAGCGGAUGGUAUUAUCCUUUCCCGUGGGAAUUUGGGAAUUGAUCUUCCACCAGAGAAGGUAUUUUUCUUUCAAAAAUCUGCUCUUCGUAAGUGCAAUAUGGCUGGGAAACCUGCUGUGCUUACACGUGUUGUGGAUAGCAUGACUGACAACUUAAGACCAACUCGAGCAGAAGCUACUGAUGUUGCCAAUGCUGUUUUAGAUGGAAGUGAUGCAAUACUUCUGGGUGCCGAGACUCUACGUGGGUUAUACCCUGUUGAGACUAUCACUACUGUAGGAAGAAUCUGUUUUGAGGCUGAGAAAGUUUUUAAUCAAGACCUUUAUUUUAAGAAGAUUGUAAGAUAUGUUGGAGAACCCAUGAGCCACUUGGAAUCUAUUGCAUCAUCGGCGGUAAGAGCAGCUAUUAAGGUGAAGGCUUCUGUUAUAAUUUGCUUCACUUCAUCUGGAAGGGCUGCAAGAUUGAUAGCAAAGUAUAGGCCAACAAUGCCUGUUCUCUCUGUUGUCAUUCCCCAACUUAAGACAGAUCAGCUACAAUGGAGAUUUAGCGGAGCUUUUGAGGCAAGGCAAUCUCUUAUUGUUAGAGGUCUCUUUCCCAUGCUUGCAGAUCCUCGGCACCCUGCAGAAUCAACAAGCGCAACAAACGAAUCGAUUCUCAAGCUUGCCCUUGAUCAUGGGAAAGCCUCAGGAAUUAUAAAGUCACACGAUCGAGUUGUUGUUUGCCAGAAAGUUGGUGAUGCAUCAGUGGUUAAGAUUAUUGAGCUUGAAGAUUAAAGUGCAUUCAUCCAACAGCUUGGAGAUUAAAGUGCAUUCAUCUAAGUAUAGUUUUAGGCCUACCUUUUUUGCAUAUUGGCUUAAAGAUUAUCAAUAGUAGCAUAUCAUUAUGCUUGGACGAAUUUUAUGUUCUCUCCACUGCAAUUGGGGGUUAGUUUAUGUAUUGAAAAUGAAUGUUAAGGCUAAUCUUUUUGACUAAAUUUUAAAUUGAAUAUGAUAUAUGGAUCCUUAAUGUAAUUUUUAUUACAAGGGUAGUUAAUUGUACACUGAUUCAGCUAAUU